UGUAACGUACAGUCCAUAUUGUCCGUGAUUUUUUAAAUAUUUAAUUUUAUAUACUUUAUUAAUAUUGCGUUGCAGUUAAAUCAUUACCAAUUUUGUUUUAUAGUUUGUAUUCAAAAAAAGCUACGACAAUAAGUAAUCAACAUCAUGUCUGGAAGAGAUAUUUAUUAUUCCGAUAAAUAUUAUGAUGAGGAACAUGAAUACAGGCAUGUAGUGUUAUCGAAGGAUAUGCUUAAACUAGUACCCAAGAACCAUUUGAUGUCUGAAAAAGAAUGGCGCAGUAUCGGGGUCCAACAAAGUCAUGGAUGGGUGCACUAUAUGACCCAUCAACCUGAACCUCACAUUCUUCUAUUUCGACGAAAGAAGACAUCGGAACCAGAAAAGAAAUGAGAGUGUAAUUUACAAAUAUUUUAUAACAUUAGUUGUGAAGUAGUUAAUUUCUACAUGACAAAUAUGUAUUACCACAAACAAUGUAAUGAAUCAGUUAAUUUUACCGCCAUUGUACAAACAGUUACAAGUAUGUGAUCCGAUGACAUUUCAAACUGGUGAUAUUAGUUUCUUUUUUAGUUAUGGGGUGUCAUGUACAAUAAACUUCUAUAACC